AUGCAGCGUGUUCUUCAAACCCGAAAUACGUAUGAUGUGGCAACUUGGGAACGGGAGGCUGACGAGGGCAAGGUGAGUGAAAACGGGAAUACUGAUGAAAAGGAGGUGACAGAAAGAGCCUCUGAGGAUGAUGGGUUUGUUUCUAAGAAGGUUCCUGAUGUUUUUCGUUUGGAUGAUGCCACUGUACCAUCCGUUGCUAGAGAAAAUCAUUUGAACGGUACAGGCAUUGACGAGAAAGGAAAUUUAGAUGCGGAAAAUGGUCCGGAAGGCCAAAAUGGCAUGAUGAAGUCUGUUGUUGGAUUUGAUUUGCAACAAGAUGGCGAGGAUGAUGAUUUUGCUGAUCCACAGGACGCAAUGAGUGUUAGGAGCGUUGGUGAAAAAUUAUCAUCAGAGAGCGGCCCUCAGCUUAAGAUUCCCGAUAUCGAGAGUGAGUUGCGUGAAAUACGGCUAAGUUUAUUGAUGGAGAUAGAAAAGAGGAAACAAGCUGAAGAGACCUUAUGUAAUAUGCGAAACCAGUGGCAGAAGAUCCGUGAAAAAUUAUCUCUUCUG